UGAUCUCUCAUGCUAAGCAGGGUUGGGCCCAGUUAGUAUGUGGGUGGGAGACCACCCUGCUUGAGGGAAAUGGCUAAGGUGUCUGGCUUCAAGGUAAAUCUCCAGGAUGCCGCACAGAAUGUGUUUAGGAAAUGAAUGGCCCCUUGAUGUUGAAGUUUUGUUCAUUUCUUAUCUUAUAGAAGGUUGGCAUUUGGUUCAUUUAAAAUACGGGAUUUCAGGACUGGGGUGGAGCUCAGUGGUAGAGCGCUUGCUUCCCAGGCACGAGCCCUGGGGGUCCAUGCAUUUAUCUUAAACGACAAGAAUAAUGUGUUUUGUGGGUACAGGCACAAACGGUACAAUCGUCUCUGUGAACAUUUUUCAGGGCGGCGACAGAAAGGCUAAUUCUCAGUGUCUGAGGUGAGGGGUUGCAUGAAGAGCCCUAUCAUGGUUUAACCCAAAAUGUCUUUGCUACGGAUAAAAUUGCUUUGUAUUCGAUAGCCGCGGACCUGAACGGGACAUUGAUGUUAACCACAGAUGGUUAACUGAGCGAAGAAACAGAGCCCAGCAACAAGUGAGGGCCCCUACUUGAGGGGCUGGAUCUAGAAUUUAUGGACUGACUUUGACUGAGAAAGGCACAGUAGUUUCUUUAAAAAUACUCCGCGCUAGCUACUUCAAUAGCACGAGCACCUGUUCAGCUUCUGCAAGAGUGGAGCUAUUCCUUCCUUCUCAGAAUCUCUGGCGUCUGGAUCCUUGCCUUCUUCCUGGCUGCAGCUGUCUGUCUAAGCCACCGCCGAGGUCAAAUGUUUCUCGGGGGCACCUUUCUGCUGGACUUCACCAAUCACCACACCCAGCUAUGGGGGAAGGGGAGGCCAAAUAAAGUGGCAUAGCUCAUUUAGACAGUGACCACAUCAUUGAUGUCCCUGCUGACCUCUUCAUUCAGCGGUGCAGUGGCACCAGGGGGCCACGCACACAGCUCGGAUCGCAUUUGUGUUCUUCCUGAGCCUGGAGGCUGGAAGCUGGGCAAGACAAGUCUGAGUGACGACUGGGUCGUCUGUAACAUGGAAAGUAAGUAGUAAUUAUCCUUUGGAGGGUUGUCAAAGUAACUCUGAAUGUUGGAGGUCGAAGAUUCGCACUCAACUUUUGCUUCUGUUAUCCUUGCUGUAAUUGUUCUUCCAAGCCGUGGCUGACUUAAAACGCGUUUUCCUACACGUCUGUUCAGUUCACUCGCACCGCUGCUGCCUGGCCACCGCCACACCUCUGGUGUAGGAAAGUGAAGGGCUGCGGGAGUCCCCUGGCGUCCCAAGGCGGAGGGAAGCCCUCGCAGCACGCAUGCGCGCAGGGGAGUCGCCAGCCCCUCUUAAGAGGGGAGCGCACCGCGCAGCCCGGCAGUCGGAGCUGGCUUGCAGCCGUGCAAGGCUAACGUGGGGCGGCCGCGCGCUCCUCCGCUCCCGUAGCCCGAGGGACUGAAACUUCCGUGGGCGGCUCCCACCGGAGCGCACUGUCCGGGACGCACCCCCGACAGGGAGAAGGAGACGGGACGCGAGCUGCAGCGGGAGCCGGGGCGGGCAGCCCGCUGGCCCCGCGCCCAGCAGCAGCCGCGGCCGCCGCCAGCCGGGCGGGCUCCGGGACUGCUGGGGAGGUGCGGACACUCGCAGCGUCCCGAGCGGUGGCCGGAGCCAUGAGGAGGAUCGAGCCCCGAGCCGCGGAGCUGGAGCGCGGCGGGCUGCUGCACUUGCCGCCGGGAGCUCUGCGCCCACUGCCCGCUUCUUUUGCUGCUUCUCGCUCCGGAGGUGAAUAGAGGGGGAGACGCACCCCACUCGCGCUGGACUCCGACGCUGAUCCGCUCCAGCGGCGGCCUGGCUCCUGGUGGGCAGCGGAGCGUCCCCUCGGGGAUGCACAGGGAAGGUCGGAUCGCACGCCAAGCCUCUGGGAACGUUCCUUCCGUGAUGCCGCUGUAAAGGCCGAGUGUAGCGGGGACCCGCUCUCUAGCAAGGAGGGAUGACUUAGACCCUGGCUCUGCAGCCUGGGCGUCGCGACAGAGGGGAGUGGCUCGACCGGAAGGUCCCUGGCGUCGCCGAGCCAUAACUUCUUGGGGGAGAUCUACGUCCUCUAGAGACAUCACCUCCACCCAGGGCAGUGCCAUGUGGGGCGGACGCGGCUCCCCUACCACUUCUUCUGGGCACCGCGCGUCGCUGCUGCAGCUGCUGCUGGCCGCGCUGCUGGCGGCGGGGGCGUGGGCCAGCGGCGAGUACUGCCACGGCUGGCUGGACGCGCAGGGCGUCUGGCGCAUCGGCUUCCAGUGCCCCGAGCGCUUCGACGGCGGCGACGCCACCAUCUGCUGCGGCAGCUGUGCGCUGCGCUACUGCUGCUCCAGCGCCGAGGCGCGCCUGGACCAAGGAGGCUGCGACAACGACCGCCAGCAAGGUGUGGGGGAGCCAGGCCGGACAGACAGAGAAGGCCCAGACAGCUCGGCAGUCCCCAUAUACGUGCCGUUUCUCAUCGUCGGCUCUGUGUUUGUGGCCUUCAUCAUCCUGGGGUCCCUCGUAGCCGCGUGCUGUUGCAGAUGUCUGCGGCCCAAGCAGGAUCCACAGCAGAGCAGAGCCCCAGCGGGCAACCGCCUGAUGGAGACCAUCCCCAUGAUCCCCAGUGCCAGCACUUCCCGGGGGUCAUCGUCCCGGCAGUCCAGCACAGCUGCCAGCUCCAGCUCCAGUGCCAACUCGGGGGCCCGGGCUCCCCCAACAAGGUCACAGACCAACUGCUGCUUGCCCGAGGGAACCAUGAACAACGUGUACGUCAACAUGCCCACAAAUUUCUCUGUACUUAACUGUCAGCAGGCCACCCAGAUCGUACCCCAUCAAGGGCAGUACCUGCACACUCCGUAUGUGGGGUAUGCAGUCCAACAUGACUCUGUGCCCAUGACGCCAGUGCCCCCAUUCAUGGAUGGCCUGCAGCCCGGCUACAGACAAGUCCAGCCCUCCUUUGCCCACAAUAACAGUGAACAGAAGAUGUACCCUGCCGUGACUGUAUAGCUUGCAGGUCACCAAGUAGACUCCUUUAUGAGCAAAACAAGGGCCAGACUCUUGUGCCGGAAGUGUGCUCAAGUUGGUUUUCAUCGAUGUUCUCCUGGAUGACUUCAUUUGCCUCUAACUUGUAAGGGGAUGUCUCCAGAACAGCGUUUCUGUGCGUGUUUCCUGAUUCAGAAUGGAGAAACACAGGCCCUGGAGUCGCCACCUGUGUCCUCAAGUAUGUGACAAAUGCUUGAGCCCCUAAGUGCCCUUGAGGUGUGGCUGCCAGAGUCAGAGGUUGCAUGAUGUCAUUAUUUCUGUUUGUCUCAGCUGCACAGGAGAACACCUGUUACCUCCCCUUUGCCUGGGCUGUUUUUUAAAUCAGUGUUCAAGACUGAAAGGAGAUGUAAAUCAUAUAAUUAUUAUGAAAAGAAGCCGGACACCAGUCAACGGCCUCAGUCCUCCAGAGGCAUGUCUUAAUUUCAUUGUAAAAGAUAUAGUUUGUCUAUUUUUAUGCUUUGGGGGGAGGGGAGGCUAUUUUGUGCUUUUUUUUUUUUUGAUAACCGUGUGUCGAGAUCUUAUUAUGAAGUGAUUUUCUAUGUUAAAGAGAUGAAAAGAAAAUGUACCUAUCUAAAGAAGACAUUCGUUGGGAAUUCUAGGAGUGGAGGGGCAUAUGAGACCAUUCGCCCCUUUUCAACGGAGCCUUUUUAUUUCCUGGCUCUACAGUGGCACCUGAGAAGUAAUUUGAUGCUUUUUUUUUUUUUUUAUUGAAAUCAUGAGCUAUUACCUGCUUUGCUCCAAGUUACUUCUAACUUUGCCACUUGAUGUGGCCUGGGGCUUCCUUUUGGUCUGCUCGGUUUGGAUUUCCUUGUCCAAAUAAUACCAAGAGCAGGGAAUUCGAUGUGUGGAUGAAGAUCAGUAAAAAAUGCAAAGAAAGGUACACAGCCAUCAUGAGGACCUCAGACAUGAACCACUUUGCGAAUCAGAAGGCUUUUUUAUACUCUUGUUAUCAGAAUGGUCUAUUUUUCCAGCAGCAGGAGGAGCUCUGGAAUCCAGAGAAAAGUUCUCCAAGGAGACAUGACUCUUGGGUCUCUUCUCCCAGUCUUCAUCAAACUCUGCAACCUCUGUCGACAUUUUAAGUUAUCAAAUUCAAGUGAAUUUGUACGUUGAUUACUUAUGAAAAAAGUUUAAAUAUGUAAAAGUAAAUUUUCAACUGCUAGCAAAGCCAAAUUUUGUUAAAUAACUGUGACGUUUGGUCUUUUAUAUAUUCUACCCAUAGCAUCUUUCAUCUAGUCUUCUGGUCAUCUGUCCAUCAUCUCAUGAUGUUAGUAACAAUGUUACAUUAUUGUUGGCAACUGGUAUCAACAGAGAUAGGAAUCAAAGAUUUUUAAUAACCAAAGCAGGAGAAAAUCAUUUUAAAUUUUUAAUAAAUAUUUUAUGGUGUGA